ACUAAUCGAUAUUGUUAACAGCCAUCAUCAUGGAUUUGUUCCAGAGCAAGCACUGCGGCAGGGACAUUUGGCUUGCCUUCAAGGACAUUUUCCUCGUCUCGCCCCUCGCAGGCUCAGCAACGCUUAUCUCGGCUUUGGUACUGGUGUCCCUCUAUCUCCUGCAAAUAUAUCGCCGAAAACAACGAACGACACCCAUACGAGGACCUCGGAGCCCAGGCUGGGUGUUUGGCUUCGCCAAGACUGUGCUAGAUUCCACCACUACAACUGAACUGUACGAACGUUGGGCCAGCGAGUACGGUCCAGUGUACAAGGUUCCGGGUGUCUUUGGACAGUCCAAGAUUAUGCUAUGGGACCCGAAAGCAAUCUCUCAUUUAUUUGCGAGAGACACAUGGUUGUAUAAUCAUUCUCCGUUCAGCAAGACCGCUCUUCAAACAAUGAUAUGUCGCUUUAUCUUCUUAGGAGUGUUAUGGGCUGAAGGUGAAAGUCACAAAAGGCAGCGCAAGGCUCUCAAUCCUGCCUUGAGCGCAGCUGCUAUUCGCAACUUGACAUCUGUUUUCCAUGAUGCUGCUCACAAGACAGCGAUCGCUUGGGACAGUGAGAUAGAAUCGAACCAAAGAACUCACUGCGCAGUAAUCGAUGUUCAACAAUGGCACAUUAUGCAGGAUGAAUCACAUCUCGUAUGCAUAUUCAUUCCUUUCUACCAGGCUGGUGUCUUAUCAGCACCUUGCCACAUAGACUCGACAGUGUGGGUAUUAGCCGUCCUGUCCCAUGACUUCGGCACACUCGAUGGAAAUGACUCUGAGGUCGCGCACAUCCUGAAUGUAUUUGGUUCAUCCAUCGAUGUUUCCAACAACUUGUUGAAAAUAUGCCAGGAGAUGCUAUCGCGGACACGCAAGGAAAAGGAGACUGGUGGCGCCGUGCAGGGGGAUAAAUCAUGUUUGGGUUUGCUCUCGCGGGACUUGACUUCAGAAGAAGCAACAGACGGGGCAAGGAUUCUCCUUCUCGCCGGCUUUGAGACUACUGCAGUUCCACAGUGGGCUUUGGUAGAACUUGCGCGGAAUCCAGACGUGCAGACGAAGCUUCGCGACGAGUGUCUAGAGUUCGGACCGACUCCCUCAUAUGACGACCUCACGAAUAAGCUUCCCUACCUGGACGCUGUGGCGAACGAAGUUCUUCGCCUUCACGCAUCAAUCAAAGAGAUCAUGCGAUCGGCUAUGCAAGAAGACGUCAUCCCACUCAGCAAGCCUAUGCGCACAGCUGCCGGUAGCUUUACCGAGAGUGUAUGCAUCCCAAAGGGAACUAUGAUCAUCGUCCCGCUCGCUGCACUCGAUUGCUCUGUCAGCAUGUGGGGCCCCGACGCAAAGGUGUUCAAACCUUCCCGGUGGUUCGAGCGGGACGAGGGUACUUAUGAGGCCAGAGAAGCCCUGCAUGGCUACCGUCAUUUAAUGACAUUCAGUAGUGGAGCGCGGAUGUGCCUGGGGAGGCUAUUUGCGUUGACAGAGUUCAAGGCUGUACUAUUCGUCCUUGUGCGGACCUUCGUGUUUGAGAUGGUGGACGGUCCUGGAGUGCAGAUUGUGGAGGGUUUGGGGACUUUACCGAGGCCGGAGGUAGUUGGGGGUGCUGAGUCUGGAAGUGUGCCUCUGUGGGUGCGUCGCUAUGAGGUUUGACUGCCCUGCAACUGUGUAAUGGUAUCGUAAAAAGUCAACUGUAUGCUAACCUUAAA